AUGUUCGGGCCACGGUUGGGUCCGCGCAUCGUGAAAUACGCGCGUGCGCUGUACCGCCUGCACUUUGACUCGCGGGUCAACGUGUUCAUCAAGUUCCUGAUUCCGCUGGCGGUGGGGUACGCAAUCUUCUGGAAGGAUUUUAUCCCCGACUGGAUCCCCUACGGGUUGGGACGGUACGACGACUUAGUCAUACUUGGGUUGGCCAUCUGGCUGUUCUGGAACCUGUGCCCGCGGGAAGUGGUGCGGGAGCACCUGGGCGAUCCGCCGGGCCCGCGGCCCGAGGACCGGGACCCCGACAGCGUGGUGGAUGGACAGGCUCGCCCGCCCGGUAGCUCCGAGGACGCGGACUGA